AUGGGCUCCAGCACAUCGACGCUUUCGGUCGCAGUCGCCAUUGUCGGUGCGGUCGGCUAUGGCGUGUACCAAUACACCCACCCCGACGCGUCUGCCUCUGCGCCCGCACCGGCACCAGCCAUCGCACAGGGCAAGAUAGCGGGCAGCAAGAAGAAGGGCAAGUCGACUGCCAUAGUCGCGCCGCAGCCCACGCCCGCCGUCGUCGGCCUGCCGCCCGUGACGGCGGUGCCGAGCAUCCCGGGCGAGUUCGACUCUGGGAGCGACGCGCCCGGUGCCGGCGGCAAGGCGAAGAAGCCGAAGAAGAAGAAGGGCGCGGCGGCGAAGAAGGCGAGCGCGCUGACGGCCUCUGAGGCGGACGCGACGUCCGAGGCCGACAGCGUGGCCCCGCCGCCCGCGCCCGCGCCCAAGAAGAAGAAGUCGAAAUCAAAGGCGGCGCCGGCGGAGGCGGUGCCUUCUGUGCCGGCUCCGGCUGCUGCUGCCGGCGAUGCGGAGGCGUGGACGCGGGUGGAGAGUAAGAAGGGCAAGAAGAGCGCUGUGGCUACGCCUACGGGCGAGAAGACGCCCGUCGUGGCUGCUCCCUUGGCUGUGGAGGUGCCCGAGGCAAGCGUGACGACUACUACUGGGUCGAGCAACUCGCCUGUGACUGAGCGCACGACGGACGAGGAGCCAGCACGGGAACCGGAACAGCCUGCGGCCGAGUCCAAGGUGAAGCCUGCACCCGGUGAACAACCCGCAAAGGGCUUCACCUGGGAAGACUACGAAGGCGUAGACGCAGACGCCGACUCUGACUGGGGCGUCGUCUCGUCCAAGAAACCACGCCGCAAGACGGACGACGACGGAUGGACGACCGUGCCCUCGCGCUCGCGGCCCGCCUCGGCCGCAGGCGCCAACAAGCCCGGCCCAGCGCACUCCGAGAGCGACGAGCCGACGAAGAAGCAGCGGCAGAACGCGGCCAAGCGUGAUGCGCAGAAGGCCGCGAAGGAAGAGGCCGAGCGCGAGCGGCUUGCAAGGCUCGCGAAACACAAGCGCGAGCUCGAACGCGUGCGGUCGGAACAGUUCAUCUGA